AUGUCAGAUUUCUGCAAUGGCUUUCAGCGGUUGCCAGAUCACUGUAUCGAGUUCAUAAUCAAUACUUUGCCACUUUCUACAUUGCAGAGUUUAAUUUCCAACGGUAGUUCUCCUUUCCAAGAGCAAUUUAAAAGAGCCUUCUACAGAAAUGUGAUUGUAACUAACUACAGUGGGAAAGAGCCCAGAAUCGAUUUAGGUUUCCUCAAAGAAACUGAGUUAUUCAAUUCCUUAGACGUGAUCACCGCUCCCUUUGACUGUGAGACAUUGUAUCAGCACAUGGAAAAGUACCCAUAUAUCCAUAUUCAAAAUGCGACGUUUAAACUUCACUCGUCUACCAACUCAAUCGAUUGGGUGCAAAAGUUGGCUGAUAAUAUCAACAAAAUACACAUCAACUUUGAUCCGUAUAGAUAUCAUGAUUCUUUUCUUCUGGACUUGUGCAGAAAGAGGCUACCUAGCAAGGUUUUUGGUCUUUCCACGAAGUAUGUUAAAGAUAUGUUAUUUCCAUUUUACUUGCAAUCACUUGAAUUGCACCUAACUAAUGAUGAAUUUGAUGUAAAAAGCCUUCCCCAACACCUUGAACAUCUUGCUAUUCAUGUUUCAAGACCUAUGACAUUACUCUCAGAAAAGGAGUUGAAUCUUCUACCCAGACAAAUAAGAUCUCUCAGCCUAGAUAAAUGCUUCCGUAUUGUGGAAGAGUAUGAUGGGCUUGUUAAGUUGGACUUGCCUACGCACUUAACGACAUUGAAGCUUCAGAUGGAGUACUCUGGAAAGUCAGUUAUAGACAUAUCUCAUUUAAGAUCCUUGAACAGGUUUGAUUCGCAUCUCUCUGAAUUACAAUUGUCUUAUAUGAAAUUGCCUAUACAGUUGAAUCGAAUAAGGUGCAAAGGCUCAUUCCUCGAUACAGAACAAUUUCUUGAUGGAAUACAACCCAGCCUAGCUAAUUCAGAGCAUCUCGCAAACUUGACAAAUGUAGACAUUUGGGAUUUGAAAUCAGAAUCUUGCAUCACUAUUCCAGACACCGUCAGGGAUGUAUCUAUUAUUUCAGCAAACCUUGAUUCUCCUUUGCAGCUGGUCAUAACUUUUCCAGAAGGCUUAUCCCAGCUUCAACUCGACUAUUGCAGACCUGUGGAAAUGACACAGGAACUUAGACACUUGACUUCUUUGAAGAUCUUUGGUGAAGAAAUCAUUUUCUUGCCCAGGAUGGACAAUUUGCAGAAGCUAAUGAUACAUCAUCUGAAUAACUUAUUUCCAGGAUUCUGGGAUUUCUUGGAAUCUCUUAAGGAAUUGCAAUUCUUAGAAAUCUCUGGAUUUGGUAUUGAAACAGUUCAAUACUUGCCUCAUAAACUUGAAGAACUUGUUUUGAACGAUAACGUGAUAAAAGAAUUCUGCUUUGAGUUGCCUCCCAAUAUAAAAUCUAUUUCUCUACGUAUGAACAAAUUAAGCAAGUUCAUUGUUAGUGGAACCAGUAAAUUGAAGAAGUUAAUACUUGAUGAUAACCUGUUCAAAGUUUUGACGGCCUCCUGCUUGCAAAUACCAGACAGUAUUUGUGAAUUGUCUAUGGACUUUUGCCAUAUCACUUCAGUGGAUAAGCACUUUAAUUUUCCUGAGAGUACGCGCUUGCUUCGUCUCUCCAACAAUAGAAUAGAAAAUGUAGAGAACAUUCUAUUGUCAUUGCCUCCUCGAAUUGUCUGUUUCAAUCUAAGUAGGUAUGACAACAGGUCUAGAACUCCGGUGACAAGAAAAAGAAUCGACGUCAGAAGCAAGUCACUUUGGAAUGUUGAUGUAAAUAAUGCUCUCAUGGGUCAUGAAGUUGUAUGGAAUGGUUGCACCAAUUUGCAGUAUAUCAACUUGGCUAACAAUUUGUUGGGAAACGUCGACACCAAUUGCUUUCCCCUGUCACUCAAAGGCAUCAAGUUCAACCACUCAACUAUAGACAAGCUUGAGGGUGGCUUUGAAAGGUUUGCUGAUUUAGAAGAGGCUGACUUGCGCAACUGCUCCGGAGAGUUUGCUAAAACCGUAACUGGACUGGAUGCAUUUGGACCAAAAAUAUUAGUUACUCAGCAUUUAGAAGAACCAACGAAUGGAAUUCAAUCUUUGAGUCUUUCGCAGCAAUAA